AUGAAUCCCUUGCAAGUGGCUGCGUUGCGUAGCGAAUUUGGACACAAGCAACUGGUGUGUCGCAUCGCGUACAUCGCAGUCCUGGUAAUCGCGAUGGCCUUCCUGGCAGCCUGCAUCAUCCUCAUAUUCGUCUACUUCAGCAGCAUUGGUGUGCUCAUGAGCUACCUGGAAGCCCACAACGGGAGCGUAGAGGAGGCGAGUUCCAUCCAAAACGGACUGCAAGCACUCACAACACACGUGACGCAGUUCUUGAAUACAGGCAUUGAGUCUGGACGCACGCUGACCAACACUUCUCUUAGCGGCUUCAUGAAUAAAACGAGCGCACAAAUUUCAUCCGGACUGUCUGGAACGAUUGAUGAUCUGCUGGCUUACUUGAAUGUGUCGAAUGUUUUGACAAAAGGAAACGACACUGUUGAAGCAAUGAGAAAUUUCUCCGGCUACGUGUCGAGUGCAAGUGAAUCGAUAGACACCUUGAAGAGUAAUGUUUCUGCUCUUUGUGACAAGAUGAAAAAAGCCCGUGAAGAAUUUAAGACCGCAUUUGAGAAUGUCACAAAAUGUGACAACUGGACGGAAUGCCAAAAUUUAAAAACAUUAACAACAAAUCUACACUGUCCAAUUGAUCUCAAUGCGAUCAACACAACAGUAACAAAGAACUUUACCACUCAACUUGAACACACGGUAGCUGAAUUAGAGCAGAGGUUGGCAAAUGUCACUAAUGCAAUCAAGGAUAUUAACUCGUCUACAGGCCAAAUGGUUGAUUCAGUCGAGAAAAAUCUUGACCUCAAAACGGUGCUCGAUUCGAUCAACAAGUUUUGGAAUGACACCAGUGCACAGGUUGGUGGUGUGACCAAGAAUCUGGAAGACCUCUCCACCUCUGUGGACAAUGGACUUGCACAAUACUCGGGAUAUAUUCGCAUCGCGUUCAACGUAAUCGGAGGA